AUGCCACUACUAACUGCAGCACAAGUUAAUUCAUCAGCAUUGUGUAGUGAAUUUGAUAUGGCAUGCCAUGCAAAUAAAGUUGAUGCGGUUCAAAAAAUGCUUGAAACAAUGACGGUUGAUGAUAUAGAUAAAAUGGAGCCGAAUGGUAGUACUGCUCUACAUGUCGCAUGCUAUAAUGGAUAUAUCGAAAUCGUUAAACUGUUGUUGGUUGCUAAUGCAGAUCUAUCAAUAAUGAACAGAUAUAAAUGUUUACCGUUUGAUGAGGCCUCUACAGAAGAAAUCAAAGAACUAUUUCUUCGUACACCAACCAGUAAUCGUUUAGUGUCGAAUACAGGUGCUAUUGAAUAG